AUGAUAUGCUCAGUAGUCAACGGUUAUCGCCAAGGUAUCGCAGUGAGCUCACCCGAAGUUUACAGUAACGCAAAUAUGGAGGUGGAAGGAGAUGUGUCUGGCGCAACUGCACCAGAAUUAGCGCGUAUGCUUUACAACGAGAUCAAAAAUACAUAUUCUGUUGAAGAAGCAAUCAUUCGUGGAGCAUGGAUGGGAACUGUUUGUGAUGGUGCAUACCAAGCUGCAGAGUUUGCUUCAACCUUAAAAGUUAUUUUGCACCAAGAGAAUCUCGCCUUCUCCUGUGUCCUCUGGGAUCCGGCACAUUUCCUUGAUUUGGCAUUCAAGGAUGUCUUUGAGGGAAAGGUAGGAAACUCGAAAGAGUUCAUUGAUCGUCUGGUGCAAAGAUCAUGCAUCGUUCACAAGAUUUUCCAAAGAGGCAAAACGCUGAAUCAUGCCAUGGAAAUGAUGAGUACAGACGAUGAUCUGGUAUUGAAGCUGACGAGUAGAACCUGCAGCACCAGAUUCACCACAUCCCAGUACGUUGAAUUCUAUAAGCUCCUUGAUAGUCUUCCACUAUACAUCAAGACCUUCCGACAACUUCAGUUCUCUGAAAUUAAGGAUUAUAUGGUAGCUGGAGAGGAUUUUCUGCUGGAUCUCUGCAGAAUAUGUGACAUUUUUGGCCUAAUGUUGGAAAUGAUGGUUGAGUUGCAAGGCCUAAGUGUUCCUUGUUGCAAAGUGGCGACGUGGUGGCCUAGGUUAAAAAGCCGCAUGGAGGAGUUGCAGAAAAACUUUUCGAUUAAGAAACCAUCUUCCAUUAUGCCAUUGUUGCAUAAACAUGCUGCAGAUAUAAGGUCACUAACAUUCAAAGGUACAGAACUUGUGCCUGGGUGGUUUGUGGUGUCCUCGGAGAUCAGCAACGAUGAAGAAGGAAAUCGUAUAGAAUUGAACAUGUGGCACGUUCAAGAACACCAUGAUGUUGAAUCUGAUUUGAAAGAAUUUGUGGCUUAUGUUCUUGCAUCGUUUGAGAAAAGAGUAGCUGAUUGUACCAAAGAGAUCCAGAAUGUGCUAACCUGUCUUGAUUUGGACAUAAUAUUUGGCUUAUUGUGCAGCGAGCGGACUCCCGAAUGGAAAAGUAAAGCUGGCUAGUGGUGAACGGCUCCUCGAACUUUAUGGGAGGAAAGAUUUCGAGCGAUUUUACGCCUAUGUCUGUUCUCUUCCGCACAUUGUAGAUCUUGCAAUUAAGGAAGAACUGUUUCUCGACGCAGCUUUGGGAAACACCAUCUUUCAUCAAAUGAAGCAAGCCUUGAAGUCAUACUUGUGGAAGGAUACAGGAGAACAUCUUGCCAAGUGGUUUUCUCUGUCAUCGCCUUGUCAACAACGGCUUAAGAAGCUGGAGAAAAUUGAGCCGAGUUCCGACACCUCCGUCUCCUGCCUCAGCAACACUUACCUGUUAACGUUAGAAGACACCUCUGGACGCCCAUUCAAAGCCAAGCUGAAUGAGGCACAAGUCUACCACAGCAUUUACACCAACGAGAGACUCUUCAAUGAAAUCGGUUGUGAGGGAUGCAUUACAAUUGACAUUGCCUUGGCAAAAGGUGGGACAGAGGCAAUUGUAGAGUCCUACUACAGAGUGAUGAAGUCACAGAAAAUGUGUGGCGGACAAUGUAAUGCAACUUUGGCUUUAAGGUAUGUAUUAGUUUAG